CCCGCCCCGCCCCCGCCCGCCCGUCCCGCCGCGCUCGGGCCCGGGGCAGCGGGACCGGACCGGGCCGGGCCAUGGCCCCGCACCCGCCCAGCGCCGGGCAGUACCUGCGCUCCGACAGCGGCGGCUCCGACACGCCUAUGCUGCCCAAGGGUCCCGCUGCCGGGCCCGCUCCCGGUGACUGUCCCGGUGCCGGUGCCGGUCCGGACGGCGGCCCCGGUGCGGCGCGGGGGCAGCGGCGGCGGCGGUGCGGGCCGCUGUGGGGCAGCGUGGCCGUCAUGGCUAUCCUGGCGCUGCAGAUCGCCUCCACCACCGGCCUCUUCGUCUACUUCACCAUGGCCAUCUCCAAGCUGAAAUCCCAGGCUCCGGGCAGCGCAGAGGAGCUGCGGUGUCUGCAGGUGCUCAAUCAGCAGCCCGAGGGCUCCAGCCUGGAGAAACUGAGCAGCAGCCAGGGCUGCCUCAAGCUGGCCAGCACCAUCAAAGCCUAUGUGGCCACGGUGACCGAGAACAUCAUCCGCAGGAGCGCCGUGAAGGAGGCCUGGCGGAGCUACUUCAACACCUCAGAGGGGCAACUUCCUCCCAAAAUAGCUGGGAAACCCUCCGCACAUCUCACCCUCCGCCCACAGAGCCUGGCUCAGGAUGGACGCUCCCAGCGCUCCGGGAAUCUCUCCCAGUCGUGCCGCCACGCCAUCACGCACUGGGGGCACAGCAGCCUCCUGUCCCAUGUGCAGAACAUGACGUACCGGGCCGGGCGGCUGCGCGUGGAGCAGCCGGGCAAGUACUACGUGUACUCGCAGAUCUACUUCCGCUACCGCGGCGCCGGCCGCGACUCGGGCCCCCAGCUCGUGCAGUGCAUCCAGUGGCAGCCGGCCCACAGCCCGCCCGUGCUGCUGCUCAAGGGCGUGGGCACCAAGUGCUGGGCGCCCGAGGCUGACUACGGGCUCCACGCGCUCUACCAGGGGGGACUCUUCGAGCUCAAGGCCGGUGACGAGCUCUUCGUCUCCGUCUCCUCCCUGGCCAUCGACUCCAGUGACGCAGCAGCCAGUUACUUCGGGGCCUUCCGGCUCGACCUGUGACACCCGCUCCGCUCCCACCUGGCCCCUGGACAGCGGCCAACGGCCCGCGGUGGCGCAGGGUUCUUAUGGCUGCGUUGUCCCUUGUGGUGAGGGAUGAGCCGAGAAGGCAGGGGUGGCUGCCUGCGGGGCCCUGCUGUGCUCUGUGCCACCCUCCACGAGGGAGGCAGCCGUGAACCAGGAAGGGUCUCCGAGAGCCUACAGGGGACAUGCACAAGGAGGGACAUCCUAGCCCUGGUGGCACAGCACCUCCCAACGGCUCCCUGCAGCAGGAAAGGCACCAGGGCCACAUCUGCCACUGCAAGACAAAGUGUCCCCAUGGCAGGGUGACACCCAUGAGGCUGAUGCCACCUUGGGCAGGGCUGUGGGUGCCAGGACCUGAGGCUGGAAGCACCCCGGGGCACAGGGCUGGCACCCCUAGGGCACACCUUGUGGGGAUGGGGCAGGUCCAGCGUUGGCCUCUGGAAGGGAACGAAGGAGUUUCAGUUUGGGAGAUGAAAGCCUGGGGCAGCGGCAGCGAUGGUUGCAAGGAGGGCAAAGGGCAGGACCGUGACACCGCAGCAGUCGCCAGUCCUGGCACCGCUCCCGGCACGUGGCGCUGGGGCACGUGGUGACCGAGCCAGGCUGCACAGGACCAGGAGCUCAGCACGGCUGCUGACCCAGCACCACUUCCCGAGUGGAUUUUGUUCCCCCAGCCCUCAUGGACAGCACAGUCCCCGCUUCCUCACACCUCCAGCCCUGGCAGUCCCUGCAGGAUUGCAGCCCUGGGUGAGCCCAGUGGUCACAGCAAGACCUUGGAGGGACCAAAGCAGCCCUGGGGUGAUGGAGGCCACCCCAGAGGCCAAAGGUGGUUCAGGCCGGGCAGAGCAGGGCCCAGCUGGCUCAGCCCAUGGACACCGGUGGGCACAGCCCCCUUUCCAACUUCCCCUGUACUCUCUGUAUCCCACUAAGACUGGGGGAUUCACACAGUGGCAGUGUGAGCCGCCACAGGCAUGGGGCUCCCAGGGAGGACAGAAUAAAGCCUUGUGCUCCAGCA